GUGGGGUGGGGAUGGCCGCCGCCCGACCCGGUCGGGCGCACCGGUCUCCUCUCUCGGCAGCACACAGCGGCGGCCCGGGAUAGACGGCGGCGGCGCGGCGGAUGGACGACCAGAAGAGCCGUCACAUGGUGAUUGUGCAGUGCACGGGGAGAGGCAGUGCUGCUUUGUGAUUCCCCAGGCUCAAAACGCAUCGUACGGUGUUGAAAAUUGUUUGAAGGGACGGCGAUGGCGCUCCCUGGCCAGUGGGUGGCCAGUGUGCCGUGGCGUUCGGUCCGCCGGAACCGGGUAGCGCUGGCGGCAGCGCUGACCACCCUCGGCGUGGGCCUGCUGACCCUCCUGUCCGCCCAGCACGCCGUCAUCAGCAGCUCAACCUCUCAGCAGCAGCAGCCGCAGCAACCGAUCAGCAAACGGUUCCUGCCGGCCGGUGGGGUGGCGGAGACAGGUGCCAUCAUCUCGCACCUGCUGAGCCAGCGGUGGCGCCAGGGCGCCGAGACGGCCCGCGCGCUGUUCUCCUACCUGGAGCAGCCGGAGCCGUGCUGCCAGCACCUGGGUGACGCCGGGGCGCGCGACCCGCCCUUCUGCCUGGACCCGGCUCUGGCUCCCGGCGGCCGCAGCUGUCUGGUCUACUCGUUCGGCCUCUCCGCCGAGCUCAGCUUCGAGCGAGCGCUGGCGGCGCGCGGCUGUGAGGUGCACGCGUUCGACCCGCGCUGGCCGGCCGGCGAGGGGCGCGGCGAGGCCGGUAUCACCUUCCACCGGCGCGCGCUCUCCGGUGAGAACGAGACCAGCGAGGCCGGCUGGCACCGGGCCACCUUCGGCCAGACUCUGCGCGAACUGGGACACGCCGGCCGUGCUAUAGACUACCUGCGCGUGGACGUGGUGGGUGCCGAGUGGACUUGGCUGGACGCAGAGGAGGAGCAGGCGCUGCGGCAGGUCCGACAGCUCGGCAUGGUCGUCUACUUCAACGACCUGGCCGGAAUAGAGGAGACCUCGCAGAGAAACCGAAACUACAUGCUGAGCUGGUACUACGAUACGUUCGGGCAGCUCUUCGAUCUGGGAUUCUGUCUGGUGAGCUCGCGGGAAGACGCUGAUAACCCGCGGCGCCGCAGGAUUCCCGGACUGGCAGAGGAAAAGGCCACUAUAUGGGAGCUGAUUUGGGUGCGGCGGUGAAUCGCAGAUAUCUAUGGACAAUAACAGUGUAUUCGUGCUUAGUGCGCGUUCGACCAAAACUGUGCAUUGGUGUGUUGUGUAUGUUGAUGCCAAAAGCUCAUAGAUUUAAUUGAAUCAAGUACUGUUGUCGUGUGAUGUGUUUUGCAUCCAAUGCAUUUCUCAUGGCAAUCAUCGAUUGAAGAUGGUGCCGCUGAUUGUGAAAGAACUUUCAGGUCCGCACAUAAAGAAACAUUACCAGGCUCGAUA